AUGUCAGAUAAUAAACUCGUGUCGACCAAGCAGGUCGCGGAGCAUAACACCCCCGGGAAUUGCUGGCUAGUAGUCGACAAGCAAGUGUGGGAUGUGACCGACUUUGUCGAGGACCACCCGGGGGGCUCUAGCGUGAUUCUCAAAUACGCCGGUCGCGAUGCCACCAAAGCUUACUCAGAAGUACACGUUCCCGGCCUUCUCAAGUCCAAUCUACCGCCGCAGAAGUACAUGGGCGUACUAGACGAAUCGACCAUUGACGACGAGUGGGCCAAAGAGCCCCCGGCGGAGAAUCCGCAGGUGAUCUUAGAGAAUGAGAAGCCGCCGCUCCACACGCUGAUCAACUCAUACGACUUCGAGCUCGUGGCGUCCAGAACCGCCAGCAAGAAGACAUGGGCCUUCUUUUCCAGCGCGGCGACGGAUCUCCUCACGCGCGACGCGAACAAGUCCUGUUUCGACCGGAUAUGGUUUCGGCCGCGUGUGUUGCGCAACGUUCGCUCGGUGGACCCUAAGACGACCAUGCUGGGGGUAGAUUGCAGUUUGCCGCUGUUCGUAAGUCCGGCGGCCAUGGCCAAGCUCAUUCACCCGGAGGGCGAGCGGGCUAUUGCCAGAGCGUGUGAGAGUAAAGGGAUUAUGCAGGGGGUCUCCAACAACUCCUCCUACUCGACAGAAGACCUGAGGGAGGCUGCCCCCUCGGCCAGCUUCUUCUUUCAACUGUACGUCAACCGGGACCGUGCCAAAUCGGCAGCACUCCUCCAGCAAUGCUCCGCAAACCCCAACAUCAAAGCCAUCUUCGUGACGGUGGACGCCGCCUCGCCGGGGAAACGCGAGGCCGACGAGCGCGUCAAGGCAGACGAAACGCUAUCGGUCCCCAUGGCGCCGUCCAAGGCGAAGAACGACAAGAAAGGCGGCGGUCUGGGACGGGUGAUGGCCGGGUUCAUCGACCCGGGGUUGACGUGGGAGGAUCUGGUUUGGGUACGGAAGCACACGCAUCUCCCCGUGUGUCUCAAGGGCGUGAUGUCGGCCGACGACGCCAUCCUCGCGAUGCAGGCUGGGCUGGACGGUAUCCUCCUGAGUAACCACGGCGGACGCAACCUGGACACGAGUCCACCGUCCAUCAUCACGCUGCUGGAGCUGCAGAGGCGCUGCCCGGAGAUAUUCGACCGCAUGGAGAUCUACGUGGACAGUGGGAUCCGACGCGGCACGGAUAUCCUCAAGGCUGUCUGCCUCGGGGCCACGGCGGUGGGCAUGGGUCGCAGCAUGCUCUACGCCGCCAACUACGGUCAGGAGGGAGUGGAGCAUCUGAUAGAUAUCAUCAAGGACGAAUUGGAAACGGCCAUGCGCAACACCGGAAUUACUACCUUGGACGAAGCCGGCCCCGAUCUGGUGCAUACAGGAGACGUCGACCACCUGGUGCCUCGUGCCCGGCUCCAUCCCUACGCGCGCAAGGUCGCUAAGGGACGUCGUCGACCGGCGACCAAUUCCAAGCUUUAG